AUGACUAGCGAGGAUGCGCAAGCAAGAUCUCGAUUGACGCGGAUGAGGUCGAACUCCAAAAGUAAUGGCUCGUCGGCGCCACCAUCUCCGCCAGCAGGAGCAACCACAGUAAACGAGACCGCAAACAGCGGUGGGAAUAAGGGCGGCGGGCGUGGGGUGCUACCGCCUGUGCGGAAUCGUUACACGCACAUCAUUGUCCUGAAGUCUCUGAAUAGCACGUUUGAGACCAAAUUCUUGGUGGUGCCCUUCAAACCAGAUGGGCUGAAACUCGGGAGGCCGGUGGUGAACAGCAGCGGGAACAACGGGGGAGAGCAUGGCGUAAAUGCGAAAGAUGUGCAGCCGCAUGUGCGUCCAGACAACGGUCAUUUCGACUCGCGGGUGCUGUCUCGGAACCACGCAUCGCUCAGCUGCGACGGCGAGAGCGGGAAGAUAUACAUCCGGGACUUGAAGUCGAGCAACGGGACGUUUAUUAACGGGACGCGCAUCGGGCAGGCGGAUGUCGAGCUCAAGAUUGGAGACGUGGUGGACCUGGGGACCGAUAUCGACGCGAAGUUCGAGCACAGGAAGAUCAGUGCGCUGGUCGAGGACAUAUCAGUGAUCCCGCUGAUCCACGAGGACCUGGGCACGAUCGUGGCGGGCGGCAACGGCAACGGGGUCACGGGCGAUGGCAUAUACAAAACGGCCGGCGCGGGCAUAGACGUGUCGCAUAUGGCGGCCUCGAACGCGCAGCGCGCAGCCUUCGAGGCCGCGAUGUUCGGUGACGUGAACAACCUCGACCUUGAGGAAGCAGUGCUCGGCUCGGAAACGGAGAUACUGAGCGGGAUAUUCAUCAACAACUCGAUUGGCACCUCCCCGAACCUUAUAAACGUCAUUAAAACGCUGAUCACAGAGCUGACUCUGGAACAGACCGAAUACCUCAAGCUCAAGUCGAUUGAGAACUUCCUGAUAAAUUUCACGAAUAACCAGGAGUACCUCAACAAGCUACGUAUAGAACAGAAUGACGCCAAGCUGGUUCAACUCCAGUUCAACUUGAAACAAAAGCUAACCGAAAAGCACGAAAAGUUGCUCUGCGAGCGAAACACACAGCUGACUGAAUUGCAGAAGGAGCGCGACCAGCUCAAGAAGUCUUUGGAUCAGAAGAACCAGGAAGCAAACCACGAGCUAGAGAACUUACGGCGGGAGCUUGAUGAUGUCAACACACGGCUGGAAGUCGAGAAGUAUAAAAACACGCAGUUUUCCAAGAAGUCCGAAAAGGCAGACCCAGUCAAAGAAGCACACGAAAAGCGGGAGCUCCUUGCAGGGUAUCUAAGUGGAGUUAAUUUUGGGACUAAAAACAUGCUUGUGUUUGGCACAGUAAGCAUCGGAAUCUUUGCUGCAGCAAUCAAAUACAUAACGAUGAAGGGUGGGGCGUAA